AUGGCAAACAUCAACAGAGAUUGGAUUGAUGCACCCCACAGUGCCGAAGAAUAUAUCAAAGGAGUUGAGAAUUUUCUAGAUUUUGCAUUUCUAAAUUCAACCUUGGACAUAGAGAAAGAUGAUGAACCGGAAAUUUUAUUCCCAUGUAUGAAGUGUGUUAACAGAUUCUGGUUCCCAAGGGAGGAGGUUUUCAAUCACCUAAUUGCUAACAAAUUUAAUAAGAGGUAUAAAGUGUGGAACUUUCAUGGCGAAGGAUUGACAACAUGGUCUUCUUCAAGGGGAGAUGGGCAUCAGUGUGAUAAUCAAAACACAUUAGACAAUAUUGAUGAGAUGAUUAAUGAUAUUUUCAGAGAUGUUAUAGGAGGUCAAGCUCCGAAGCAGAAGAACUUCGAAAGGGUCCUGAUGAAAGUGCUAAAAAUGCGACUCUAUCUACUUAAAUGCCUUAACGGGUGGAGCAAUUCUUCUUUCGAUGGGUUGAUGAAGCUUCAAUGUGCUGCCUUUCCAUUUGCAAAGCUUCCCACUUCUUUUCAUCAUGCUAAAAAAAUGGUAAAGAACCUUGGACUUAAUUACAAACGAAUUAAUGCGUGUCCUAAUGAUUGUAUGUUGUAUUGGAAAGAACGUGCAAAUGACAAGUCUUGCCAUGUUUGUAAAGCUUCUAGGUGGAAGUUAAAUGAGAAGCAAAAAGAGGAAGGUGCAUUGCCUAACGAAGGAGUUCCUGCAAAAGUUCUGCGUUACUUUCCUCUUAAACCUCGUCUACAAAGGUUGUUCAUGUGCUCUAAGACGGCUGAACUCAUGACAUGGCAUGAAACUGAUCGCAAGAAAGAUGACAAAUUAAGGCAUCCAGCUGAUGGACAAGCUUGGAAAGAUUUUGAUGUUGCACAUCCUCAAUUUGCAAGUGAUUUUCAAAAUGUGAGGCUGGGUCUUACUACUGAUGGUUUCAACCCAUUCAGAACUAUGAGUGUGUCAUAUAGUAUUUGGCCUGUUGUUUUAUCCAUUUAUAAUUUGCCUCCUUGGUUAUAUAAUAAGUCUGAGUACAAUAUCAUGUCUUUGAUUAUACCUGGUCCUUCUAAUCUAGGUUAUGACAUUGAUGUUUACUUGCAACCAUUAAUCGAGGAAUUGAAGGAGUUAUGGGAAGUUGGAGUUGACACAUAUGAUGCUAUGAAAGAUGAAACAUUUUCUUUAAAGGCAGCCUUGUUAUGGACAAUCAGUGACUUCCCUGCUUAUGCAAUGUUGUCCGGAUAG